AUGGGGUCCUCCUCGUCAAAGGCUGCGCAAGGCGCCGCGCGCAAGUUUCCAACCCGCGCGCCCGGCGCCGUGCCGCCCAUCUCCGCUGCUGGGAGAGCUGCUCCGGCUCCCUCCCCGUCACAGCCCGCGCAGGCCCGGCCGCAGGCAAAGGCGGCAACGCUCAAGACAGGUGACAUCGCCGCCGACUCGGUCAACCCAGACAGCGUCACGGCCGAAUUCUCCUCUCGUCUCCGACAGAUGGGCAUCGUUCAGCCAAACCCGACCUUCUCCCCCACUUCUACCGCCGGCCCAAGCCCUCAUGCCGACUUGAUCCAGAACCCCGGCCCCCUGUUCCCCUCAUCAUCACGGAACGCGACGCUGGGCACGCUGGAAGCGAGGAGUCGGUUCCAGAAGCAGGCCGAUGACGAGUUCGACGGCUUGGGCCGGAGUAGCAGCGAGGGAAGAGAGUUCCUGGACCUCAAGACAAUCGUGCAGAUGCACUUGAUGCGAGACAAGGGCCAUUCACAUGCAGAGAUCGAGAAGAGGCUAAACCUGAAGAAGGGUGUCGUGGCCAGGCUGGGACGACCAGGCAUCACAUCGCCAGCCUAG